AUGGAAAUAUUAAUUGACUUGGACAUUCAGUCGUAUCCUUGUCAUUUCAUUUUUCCACCCAAGUCAUUACUGAAUAUAAGAGAGAAUGUACAAAAUCCUGGCUUGCAGUUCAAUUUUCUAUGCUUUUUGAAUAUAACGAAUGACUUAUUUGGGGGAGUUGGCUGUACUCUUAUUGGAGUGGGUCCUUGUUUAGUUCUUUUCCUAUGUACAGUCGCCAAUUGUCCAACAAAAGUCAUUUUACUGACAGCCAGUGGAUUUUUCUGGUUGGUGUCAUUACUUAUUACAUCUGUGAUGUGGUUUAUAGUCACUCCACUACGAGCUUACCUUGCAUUUGGGAUUCUUAUCGGUGUGUUAUUCCAAGAAAUUCUACGAUUUCUAUUCUUUUUAUUGAUUAUCAAAGCUGAAUCCGGCCUUCAGCUGAUUGUAAGUAGUUCAACUACUACUACUAUUUCAAGGCCACAGCUGGCUGAUGGAAUUAACAACGACAACAUUAUUGAUAAUCAUAGUAAUGGAAGAGGAGAAACUGAAAGAAAUGAAGUUUCAAAUUUAACAAGAAAUAGAAAAAUAUCUAGCAGUAAUAUUGUAAUAACAAACGACUAUGAUCAUAAUAUUUUGAAUGAUAAUAAUAAUAGUGGCAAUAUUAAUAAUAAUAGUAAUAAUAAUGUCGUAAAACUUGAUCAUCUUACAGUCGCUUAUGUCUCUGGUUUAGGAUACGGUUUAAUGAGUUGUAUUAUACAGUCAUUACGUAUGCUUAUCGAUUCCUAUGGCCCUGGAAUAGCUAUGUAUUCAUCAUGGAAUUCGAAAACAUUCUUUCUAUUUUCGUCGUGUCAGUGUAUGUGUAUAUCAAUGCUUCAAGUGUUUUGGUCUCUUAUUCUGUUUUCUGCGUUUGUACAACGUGCAUAUGGUCAAAUUAUUCUUGUAUACUUUAUGCAUUUCGGACUAGCUGGCAUGUCGUUAAUCAAUACGUUUUCAUCACCUUGCUCAGAAAUUGUAUGUACAAUAUACGUGAUUUGCCUCAUAGGAAUGAUUAUAUUCGCUUAUUAUCGAUUUCGUUCACAAUUAGACACUAAUUAUAAAAGAAAUAAUACUGUCGAUUUUAUUAAUUGA